CGGGGAGAGGAAGGAGAAGCAGCAAUGGCGGCGGCGGCGGCGGCGUUGGAGCGCUGGGUGUCCGGGGAGCUGCAGGAGCUGCUGGGGCUCAGCGGCCGCCACGUCCCCGCCUUCCUGGUGGCGCUGGCCCGGAGGAGCCGCAGCGCGGAGGAGCUGCUGGAGCGGCUGCGGGACACGGAGGCGCUGCGGGUGGAGGAGCCGCGGGUGCAGGCCUUCGCCAGGGAGCUCUGGGGGAAGGUGCCCCGGGAGGCGCGGCCGGAGCCGCCGGGCCGCGCUGCGGAGCGCGCCGCGAUGGAGCUGCAGCGCCGCAGCCAAGGCUACCGAUUGGUGGAGAGCGACGACGAGGGGGCGGGGCCUGCCGCCAGCCACGCCCCUCCGCCUGGCUCCGCCCACAGCGCGUCCCGACAUCGCCGACACCUGCGGCCGCGACGCUCUCAGUCCCCCGAGGCCUCCAGCCCCUCGCCAUCGCCCCCCCCACCGGCUCCGGAUCCCCCCGAGGAGCCGGAAGCGGAAUGGGAAGCGUCGGAGCGGGAACGGCUCCGGGAUCUGCAGGAACGCGAUGCCUACGCCGAGCGCCUGCGGCGCCGGGAUCACUCCCGCACCGUCCUCACCCGCCCUGACGCCAAGGCCUAUGAAGAAGCCCAGAAACGCCUCAAAGUCGCUGAAGAAGAUCAGAAAACACUGGUGCCGGAGCUGCGGAAGCGCUCCCGCCGGGAAUACCUGGCCAAGCGGGAGCGGGACAAGCUGGAGGAGCUGGAGGCCGAGAUCGCGGACGAGGAGCAGCUCUUCGGGGAGGAGGCGCUCUCGGCCCCGGAGCGGAGCCGCCUGCGCUACAAGCGCCGCCUGCGGGACCUGGCCCGCCAGUACAAGCGGGCGGGGGAGCGGGAGCGCCUCGAGAAGAGCCAGCGGUACCGGAUGCCCGAGGAGCGGCGCGGCAAGGUGCUGGAGCCAGAGGAGCCGGAGGCGGGCCCCGAGGAGCCCCUGGCCCCCCGGGACGAGCAGCGGCGCUGGGAGGAGGAGCGCAUGGAAGCGGCCGCGCUGCGCUUCGGGGCCCGCGACGCCGCCCACCGCCGGCCCCAGCCCCACUACGAGGUCCUGCUGGAGGAGGAGCACAUGGUGCAGUUCAUCAGUGCCAGCCAGCUGCAGGGCAGCCAGCCCCACGAGGAGGCGGCUCCGGCGGUGUCCGAGGCGGAGCGGCGGCGGCAGUCGGUGCAGGAGCAGCGCCGCAGCCUCCCCAUCUUCCCGUACCGGGACGAGCUGAUGGCCGCCAUCGCCCAGCACCAGGUCGUGGUCAUCGAGGGCGAGACGGGCUCCGGGAAGACCACGCAGAUCCCACAGUACCUGCACGAGGAGGGGUACACGAGGCAGGGGUUGAAGAUCGGCAUCACGCAGCCGCGGCGAGUGGCUGCCAUGAGCGUGGCGGCACGGGUGGCCGUGGAGAUGGGUACCAAGCUGGGCAAUGAGGUCGGGUACAGCAUCCGCUUCGAGGACUGCACGUCGGAGCGCACCGUACUCAAGUACAUGACGGACGGGAUGCUCCUGCGGGAAUUCCUCACCGAGCCCGACCUCGCCUCCUACAGCGUGCUGAUGGUGGACGAGGCUCACGAGCGCACGCUGCACACGGACGUGCUCUUCGGGCUGCUCAAUGGGGCGCCCGAGGCCGAUUACCUGGAGGCGUGCGUGGUGUCGGUGCUGCAGAUCCACGUCACGCAGCCCCCCGGGGACAUCCUCGUCUUCCUCACCGGCCAGGAGGAGAUCGAGGCGUGCGUGGAGCUGCUGCAGGAGCGGUGCCGGCGCCUGGGCUCGCGCCUGCCUGAGCUGCUGGUGCUGCCCAUCUACGCCAACCUGCCCUCCGACAUGCAGGCCCGCAUCUUCCAGCCCACGCCGCCCGGGGCGCGCAAGGUGGUGGUGGCCACGAACAUUGCGGAGACGUCGGUGACCAUCGACGGCAUCGUCUACGUCCUGGACCCCGGCUUCUGCAAGCAGAAGAGCUACAGCGCCCGCACCGGCAUGGAGUCCCUCGUGGUGACCCCCUGCUCGCGGGCCUCAGCCAAUCAGCGGGCGGGCCGGGCCGGGCGCGUGGCCCCGGGCAAGUGCUUCCGGCUCUACACGGCCUGGGCCUUCCAGCACGAGCUCGAGGAGACGCCGGUGCCCGAGAUCCAGCGCGCGGACCUGGGCUCCCUCGUCCUGCUGCUCAAGAGCCUCGGCAUCAAUGACCUGAUCCACUUCGACUUCCUGGACCCGCCCCCCCACGAGACGCUGGUGCUGGCGCUGGAGCAGCUCUAUGCCCUGGGUGCCCUCAACCACAUGGGCGAGCUCACUACGCUGGGCCGGCGCAUGGCGGAGCUGCCUGUGGAGCCCAUGUUGGCCAAGAUGAUCCUGGCCUCUGAGCAGUACGGCUGUACAGAGGAGGUGCUGACGGUGGCCGCCAUGCUCUCGGUGAACAACGCCAUCUUCUACCGGCCCAAGGACAAGGUCCUGCACGCUGACAGCGCCCGCCGGGGCUUCCACCUGCCCGGGGGGGACCACCUCGUGCUGCUCAACGUCUACAACCAGUGGGUGGCGAGCGGGCACUCCCUGCAGUGGUGCUACGAGCACUUCGUGCAGGCGCGCUCCCUGCGCCGGGCCCGCGACGUGCGGGAGCAGCUCGAGGGGCUCAUGGAGCGCGUGGAGAUCACCCCGGUCUCCUGCGGCACCGACUACGGCCCCGUCCGCAAGGCCAUCACGGCCGGGUUCUUCUACCACACGGCGCGGCUGACGCGCGGCGGGUACCGCACGGUGAAGCACCAGCACUCGGUGUUCAUCCACCCCAACAGCGCCCUCUUCGAGGAGCAGCCCCGCUGGGUGCUCUACCACGAGCUCGUCUGCACCACCAAGGAGUUCAUGCGGCAGGUGAUCGAGAUCGACAGCGCGUGGCUGCUGGAGGUGGCCCCCCAUUACUACCAGGCCAAGGAGCUGGAGGACGGCAGCGCCCGCAAGAUGCCCAAGAAGGUCGGGAAGAGCCGGGAGGAGCUGGGAUGAGCCCAUUGGGGACCCCAAUACAGCCCCAGCAGGGCCCGUGGGGCA